UGGCAAAAGGACGAUGAGCAAAACAUUACACAGCACAAACAAAAGAACAUUUAUUCAAAAUUUUACCAUAAAUAGUUAACUAAUAAAUAACAAAUGUAUAUAAUUGUAAUAAAUAACAAGUCUAGCAUUAGAAUUCAAUAAAAUUAAGAUGAUUUUGUGACAAAAACCAAACGAAAAAACCAAUGCAAAAAUUCAACUCCUCAAAAUUGGAUGUCGCGAAAACUGUUUUCCCAACUCGAACGUGAACGUGAGCGAGCAGUAGCAGUAGCAGCAGCACCAGCACCAGCAGUACCAGUGAGAAAUCGAUACGACGAUGGUAUACACAUAAACAACAUUCCAAAAGAGGAAGCAAAAAAUAAAAUAACAGUCAAAAGGAUUGUCAUUCCACACACAUACAACAAACAAAAAUCUAUAGAAGAUUUAAUUCGGAUUUAAUUUUUAAAAAAAUACAACUCUUACAUAGCCAUAUAUAUAUAUACAGAUCUAUAUAUAUACAUACAUACAUACAUACAUAAUAUAUAUACACUCACACACACACUGCAACACACUCUCGUACAUACAUCUACCUUCUAUAUACAUAUAUAGUAUAUAUCAUAGUUUAAACAACAAAAAAAAAAGAUCGGAAAAAACGAAAAAAAUAAACCAACCAAAUGGAAUCUAGAAGUUAAGAAUAUUUACGACCAUACGAAGCAUGCUUUCGCCAAAAGCCAAUCAACUCUGCUCUAAUAUCGGUAGCUGUGAAUCGGAUCAUCACCACAAUCAAAUGCAUGCAUCGCAUGGCCAUGCGCAUGCCCACAAUAAUGGCCAACAACAGCAACAGAUGCAUCAGCAUCAACACAUGCAUCAGCAUCAACACCAGCAUCAGCACCAACAGCAGCAGCACCAGCAUCAACAGGCGCCACCGAUGCAAAUGUCAAUGCAAAUGCAGAUGCAACAGCCACCACAACAACAGCAGCAGCCACAGCAACAGCAUCAACAUCAACACCCUCACCAACAUUUGUCAACGGUUAUAGGUAGACGUGGCAGCAGCAGCAAUGUGCUGCCACCCCAUAUGGCCCAAAUGUCAAUCAGCAGCAGUAGCGGCAAUGGUGGUGCUGCCUGCAGUAUGGGCAUGGGUGGUGGUGGUAACGGUGGCAGUGGCGGCGGGGGAAAUUCCACCCUGAGGCGCAAAUCAUCCUUGAGCUACCAGCAGCAAUUGAUGGGCAACACAUUGCAAUGCAGUUCGGACAUAACAACCGAUUGUGGCACCGAAAUCUCCCCCGGCCAUUUCAGUCCACAUCCCAAUGAGCUGUAUUUGCAUCAUCCACACCACCAAUCACAUGUGAAACUAAGUCUGCAACCCAUGGAGAGAUAUGACGACUCAUUGGCCUGCAGUUUGCCACCACCCUCGCCGGCGCCCAACAGCGAUCGCUUUAUCGAUGGCAAUUGUGUGGUCUCGCCACCCAAUGGCCACAACGAUGCAGACGAUCAUGUCAUGUCUCAUCACCAGCAACAAACACUGUCAUCUUCCACCUCAAACUCCUCAAUAUCCACGGGAUUGGGUAGCUGCUCCUCGUCCAUGGCGGCGGCAGCCGGUUGCGGACCCAUGAAUGCUUCGCUGCAACGCGUCAGCGGCCAUCAUGCUCUGAAAUAUGGCCAAAAUGCCAUGAAUGCCAUGCAACGCUCCGCAUCGCCCAAUACGAGUCGUUAUCGCCUCAACCCCGAUCGCUAUCGUGAUAUGAGUUCGGCUCAAGUUAGUUCGAAUUCACCCUCGAAUAAUCCAAACUCAGCUGCCACAGUGGUGCCAAAUUCGGGGCGUUAUAUCAACACGUCGAGUCACUUCCUGAAAAACUGUCCCACAUCCCUGGUGCCGACAGACACAUAUUCAUAUUUGUCUUCGACGGCUCACACGCCGGUCAAACGCUAUGUUCCCACCCCACCACCACCCCAUGAACUGUAUGUGGCCGACCACCACCAUCAUGGCUACAAGAGCCAUAGCCAUGGCCAAGCCACCACCACACAACCAGCUCAAUAUACCGGUCCCACGGCGACUGCGAUCACAACGAAAUGCGGACCCCAAUCCUCCUCUUCACCCAGUACACUGCCAUAUCGCAAUCGAAAUCUCAAAUGCUGUUCAUCCGACCAAAUGGCCGAACUGCAAGCGCCGUCGGGGAUCACUGCUAUGACGCAGCAACAAAGCAACAAAGACCAUUACGCUUCAUCGCCACGCAUACGGAAUAAUAAUUACAGUGGGAGUAAUGGUGGUGGGGGCAUGAUGACAGGUAAAAUCAUCUCGGGCAAGGACUCGCCAGUGGUGCACCUCAGCGAGGUGCAGGGCAGUGUCAUAGCCGCCACCGGCCAUCCCUACAAUAAAACGGUCAGCAUGAUGACCACCCAGUGCAGUGUGGUCACCCAACCGCAUAUGGUGGCCACCAUCACUGCGGUGGGCUGUGUCAGUUCGCCCCAGUCCAGCCUGAACAUCACCAGCACCGUAGCGCGUUCUCAACUGCCAACAUACAACACUCGCAAUGUCGCCAGCGGCAACGGCAUGUGUUCCCUGAUCAAUGAUAUGCAAGAAAUGUCUUCUAUAAGUGCCACAUCCAAUGCCAGCGAGAUGAGUCUCUCGACUGGCGCCUCCGGCUGUAAUCCCAACAAUGUCAUGCGCAAAGAGGACGGCAGCAGCAGCAGCACAGCGGCCAACGGACUGGUGCUCAGUUCGGGGGCGAACUCGACCUCGGCCACUUGCUUGCAUUGCAAGACUGUGCGACGUACCACGGGUGUUCACCAGACCACACAGACAACUGGACCCAUUAGCCCAGUGCCUCAGAUGAUGCCGACACCGAUGUCGGCAACGGCGGCCAGCAACAUGAUAAGCAGCUCCUCCAGUUCCAGCACCAGCACUAGCAAUCAAAGGUAUGUGGAGCAACAGCUAGCGGCGGCGAACAUAACGAUGACCUUGACACCCACCACCACGGAAGCGAACCACUUGACACCCCUGACGCCGCCUAGCAAUGGGGUAGCAACGGCAAUGCAGCCAGCCAUUGUUAAUCGCAUGCUCAACAACAAAAAACAGGAAAUGGUCAACGAACAAAUGUACACUCAGCUGAAGGCGGCCAGCAAUCAAAUUGUGCAGCAGCAGCAACAGCAACAGGCCCAACAACAACAAAUGCUAAUGAGCGAGCAGCAAAGUCAUCAUCAUCAACUGCAUCAGCACCAGCAGCAGCAACAGCAACAACAGCUGCAGCAGCUACAACAGCAACAGUUGCAGCAAUCGCCACAGCAAGCCCAGCAACCCCAGACCUCAGCUAUGGAACAGCAUUAUAUGGCGCCCUCAUCGCUAAGACCCUACAGUCAGCCUCAGGUGGCUCAGGUGGUCAGCCAGAGUACACAACAAAUGCCAGCGCAGCCACAGCAACAAACGCAGCAAACGGCUGCCAGCACCAUGGGCCAGCAGCAACAGCAACCGCAGCAACAACAACAGCAGCAGCAACAACAACGCUACUCCUGCAAAAAACGCUUCACCGAGUACAUGCGACGUGAGGUGAUGCGCUUCUUUGGCGUCGAAAUGUCUACAGAAGCUGAGGACUUCGCCUUGUGGCAGGGCCGGCAACGCCGUCUGGCCCUGCGACGCUUUGGCACCCUGAAAAACGAAUCUUCCGAUUUGCCCGAGGGCUGCAACAUAGAUGGCAGCAAUGGCGGUGCGGGUGCCAUGGCUCAUCAUAACAUGCACUGCUCCGGUUUCAACAAUGCGGGUCAACAUCAGCAUCACUAUCACAAUCAUCAUCACCACCACCACCACAACCAUCACAAUCACCAUCAUGCCACAGAGCGACCAGACAUACUGCCCAUACAGGACACCGAGGACGAUGACGCACUGGCCCAGGAGGGCGGUGCCAAUGGGGGUGCGGUGCGACGACGAGGCCUGCGUGAUCAUUAUCAUCAUCCCUAUUACAACAUAGACUUCCGGGCCGGCGACUAUGUGGAGCGCAAACCCUCGGUGAUGUGUAUGCUGGUUUCAGGCAUUAGCUUCAUAGUCAACACUCUCAACAAGCGUCAGAUUCGUUUCAAGCGACGUCGCCAGUGGUCUCGCAGCUUUGCUCCCGCUCAUGUUCAGAACACGGCCAGCACGAAUGCCGAUGGUUCUGCCUCGAAUAAUGAGAUAUACGAGGGAGCCUUGCCGGAGGAUGAGGUCUUUUUCGAUUCGCCACCCGGCAUGGAUGCCAAUUCGGCGGCAUCGGGUUCAGCGGGCACCCCAGCGGCUGGGGCCAACAGUGGAUCAACGGUGCGCAGCGCCGCCAAUGUCGAUCGCCAAAUGUUCAUAACUGCCGAACGUAAUCAACAGGGAUGGCGUACCAGCAAUAUGAUGGGCCACAAUGGCUCAGGUAGCAUACAGCAGGCUGUUGUCUUGCAUGGGUCCUCGGACCAGGAAACCUCCCCCCAACAGCAGCAACAGCAACAGCAAAUGCAACAGCUUCAACAACAGGUGCCCGGCAUGCGGGCCAAUCGCAUUUCUUCGCAGAUAUUGGAUGGCGUUCUGGAGAACUCACGCCGUCCCGUAUCCCAGAAGAUCAAACUUUUCUGUGUUAAUGAUCUCGACGAUAGGACCGAUCAUCGGCCCUUCUUCACCUAUUGGAUCAAUACGGUGCAAAUAAUUGUUUUAUUUCUAUCGUUGCUGUGCUAUGGCAUAGGGCCCAUAGGCUUUGGUCUGGAACAGCGCACCGGCCAGGUGUUGGUCACCAGUCUCAGUCUGCAGACGGUGCAGCACACCGAGCAGAGGAACAUCUGGAUAGGGCCGCGCAAUCAGGAUCUGGUGCAUAUGGGGGCCAAAUUUGCCACUUGUAUGAGACGUGAUGUAAAAAUAAUCGAUGUGAUGAUGAAGACAAGGCGCCAGGAACGGGAGACGGCCUGUUGCAUACGAAACGAUGAUUCCGGUUGUGUGCAGAGUUCGCAGGCCGAUUGCUCAGUCAGAGGGCUAUUUCCAACGAAAUCCAUAUCAACUUGGAAAAAAUGGUCUCCCGGCGAAUCGGGUCCUGGCGGCCGCAUAUCCGGUUCAGUUUGUGGCCUAGAUCCCAAAUACUGCGAUGCCCCCGCAUCCAUAGCGCCCUACGAGUGGCCCGAUGACAUCACCAAAUGGCCCAUAUGCCGCAAAACGAAUUCAUUCUCGCAACGUUUUCGUUUUAAGGAUCACACCGCCGAGCAUAUGGUGUGCGAGGUCAUAGGCCAUCCCUGCUGUGCGGGCAUCUAUGGCGAGUGUCGCAUUACAACUCGCGAAUAUUGUGAUUUUGUAAAUGGUUAUUUCCAUGAAGAGGCCUCUCUAUGCUCACAGAUCUCUUGUUUGAACAACGUAUGCGGCAUGUUCCCAUUUGUAAAUGUGGAAGUUCCCGAUCAGUUCUAUCGCCUCUUCACAUCGCUGUGCAUGCACGCUGGUAUUUUGCAUUUAAUGAUAACCGUGAUAUUUCAACAUGUGUUCUUGGCCGAUUUGGAGCGUUUAAUUGGACCCAUCCGAACGGCCAUCUUGUAUAUAGGUUCGGGACUAGCUGGCAAUUUGACAAGUGCCGUCUUAAUGCCCUAUAAACCAGAGGUGGGUCCCCUCGCAUCACUCUCGGGUGUUAUAGCAUCUCUAAUGGUACUGUUAAUACUAUCACAUUGGCAACACUUACACAAGCCACAUGUGGCUCUAUUUAAGCUGAUGGUAAUAGGUGCCAUACUCCUCGCUAUUGGAACGCUGCCAUGGCAACUGAAUUUUGCCGGUAUUUUUGCGGGUAUAUUCAGCGGUAUAUUUCUAACAAUAGCUUUAGUACCAUUCGUUAGUGUCACCAAAUAUCGACGUAAAUCAAAGAUAAAUUUAAUAUGGUUUUGUAUUAUAUUCCACAUAUUCGUUUAUACCACAAUGUUAAUAAUUUUCUAUAUGUUCCCCACUGAAUUAACAAAGCUAAGUUUCGGAGAGGUGCUCACGAAUAGUUUUAAUACUGGUGUACCAGGGGGCAAUGGCGCCACAGGCAGUGGUGGUGGCGGUAAUGUGGGCACCGGUUCGCCGGGCAUAAGCACAACUGAUAUUAUGCGCACAGGCAUUUCAAACAGCAACAAUAACAAUAAUAACAACAAUAAUAAUUAUAAUCGUCAGUCAUUUAUGCAUCAACAGCCCCAAUAUCAUUAUCACCAUCAAUCGGAUGAUAUAAUAAUAAAUAAUGUUGCCGCUGUGGCGACGGCAACCCUGGCACCCUACAUACAGUAACGAACCCCCUAAUGGUGAAUUUGACAAAAAACAGACGCGCACUUUUUUCGGUUUAUCUUAAGUUACUAUGUACUUCUUACCAAGUAAUAAUAAUUAAUAAUAAUAAUUAUAAUAUAAAGAAAAACAACAACAAAAACAAACAUUAAAACAACAAAACAAAUGACAACAACAACAAAGACAACACACGUAUAGGUAACGCGGGUGUGACAAUUCACCAUUUCUAUCAAACAACAACAACAACAAGAACAAAAAAAAAACCAAAACAAACAACAACAGAUUAUUUGUCAAAAGAAUUAAGAAUAAAUAAAAUUAUUAUAAAUAAAUAUAAAAAAAACAUUA